CGCCGCGCGAAAUCCAAUCCUCCAGAGAAUUGGUUUCGAAAACCAAAUCCCUGCCUGCACCAUGGACUACGACCUCUUUCAGUCAGAUGACGAUGAGGAGAUCCUGGUCGCUUUCACCCAGGCUACAGAGAAGCAGGAAGCCCUUAGCACCCAAAUGGACGUAGACGAUAGUGGAGAGGAGACCCUAAACAACGGUCUGGACUUCCUGCCUGAGUUCAACUGCAACGGCCGGGACACGCUGAAGAGCCAACUUUUUGAGGGAGGCUUUCUGGGCAAUGGCUACGCUCAAUUGGAUCCGCCCCGCUGUCGGCUGGAGAAUCUCUGUUUUGACUUUGGCCAGGGCCAAUUGGCGGUUGGCGCGGUGAGGAACUACCUGUACGGGGAGGCCUGCAAGAAUGUGCAGAAGCUGUUAACCGUGAUGACGGGUCAGCAACAACUGCAGGCCACGGCCGCCUCCAUGAACCCCGGAUGGUAUAGAGUGCGAAAUCAGGUCACUCACUUCUACCAUUUGCUGUUGCGACUGCGAGACAACGAACUGCUACCAUCACAUUUUCUUGAUGGGCUUCGCCAGUUGCUUAACGAUCAGCUGGAUGCGGACGCCUGGAAGGUUCUGUAUUUUGCGGAGAACAGCAAGGGCAACGACUGCCAGGCGCCGGCAUAUCACCUGUAUCAUGGCGUGCUGGAGUGGCGCUUUUUGGACCUGCAUAUAUUGUACGCCUCUGGGAAGGAUCAAGCAUUCCUAGUGCAGCUGGAGCGCACACUCGACGAUCUGGUCGUAUGUGCCGGACAUCACUACCGCAGUAAACAUCGCCCGGAACUCAUCCAUUCCUCGCCGUUCAUGUGCCGCUGCAACAAGGAGCUGUGGCUGCUGCUGAAACGUCUUAUUUCCAAAUGGCUGGGUGAGCGGGAGCUUGAUUUUUGGUUACUUUUCCACAAGGCCAUGCAGAGGCAUAGGACAAACCACUUGCAGGGUGAGAGCAAUGCCAUUAUUCUGGCAUACCACGAAUUCUAUUCCUGGCUGAGGCUUGGUCUGGCCCGUUUAGACGAAUACAACAAUGAAGGUCGGUACCAGCCGGAUCACUCACUCACAGCGCCACCAGACAGCUUUCAAACCGCCAAUCUGCUUAAGCAAUUUCUCGCGAGCCAGCCGGACGAACAGCAGCGGCGUGUCUACCUAAUUCUACUCUCUCCUCUUCAACUGCAGCUUGGCCAGCCGGAUACUGAUGUGCUGUGCCAGCUGUGGGAGUACUUUCACCGAUCUCUAAACUGCAAUUUUAGUGUGGGUGCUGAGCUAGAUCAGCUGCCGCUUACCUGUCCCAAUGGAGCGGCCUACGUGGAUCGCUACAGCAAACUGCUGUCGAAAUCCCAUAUAGAUGAUUUGAAUCUGAGCAGUUUCACCAUGUACGCGUGGAUGUUAGGCAAAACCUUGAAGCUUUUGCCAUCGCAGGGCAGAAGCAACCAACGCCAGAAACUACUCGGCCGCAUAUUCAGCAAAUUUAGUGCUGCAAAACUUUUGGCUCUGAAUGAGCCCGGUAUUCACCAUGUGAUCGAGCUGUUUCUGUGUCUGCUGCUCUGCCAUGAAGAUAUCGGCGAGUUGGCGCCCAAGCUGCGCGAAAUGCUGCUCUGCCUUGCCCUAGAUAAACUGCCUCCGGUGCGGCGGAUUCUCGUAGCCAAGGGCCACAUGGCCUUGCUGCUUCUGCAUGCCCAGCACCGCCUGUCCAUGGAUGAUUAUGUGGGCAAGCUGCUCAACCAGUUGGCCACCAUUCGGAAUGAUACAGAGGUGGGCGCCAUUUACGUUGGCAGCCUUCAAGCCAUCUUUAAUCUGGCGGAUGACUUCAACCGCGGCGAGCAACAGAUUCUUGGGCCCUGGUUGGCACAUUACGUAGAAAAGUGUGGUCAGGCAUCGCAGGAUCGCGUAUGGCAGACGCUUCACUAUUUAAUCCAGCGUCUCAGCGAGCCGAGAGCUGUGGCAGGCAAUGCGAGUGGCAUCAAGGAGGCACUCCAACAGCACAUAAUGCCACUGCUAAGGACCCAAUACGUUAAUAGCCAUAGCACAUGGCUUCCAAAGCUAGCGGCCAAUUUCAUCGCCCUGGAGAAGGAUGGGGACAAACUGCUACUGGGCUUCCUGCAGGGACCAGAACCUAUUAAUAUGGCUGCUUCUGCUCAGUUGAUGCUCCAAGUGUUGGAAGACGGCUUACGGCCUGCAAGCUCCACCAUUCUCCAGGUGUGGGUGAAGUCUCUGGUACUCCUAAACGCACAACACGAGUCUGUAUUGGCUUUAAUGCCCCAUGUCAGACAGCUAGAGGAGUUCCGACAUCUGGCCAUCGAUCCCGCCUCCUUGGAGGACGGACGUGAGCCGCUCUGCGCCUUUUUUGGAGCUUUGGGAAGGCGUGCCCAGCAAGAGGAGGCUGCUGCCCACGUCCGUAUGCAGUUGAGUCACAAACUGCAUGCCUAUGUAAAUCAUUUCGAGCUUUGGCUUCCUCCGGACCGAAGCCGAUCGGAACUGGGAUCCCGGUUCUUCAGCUUCUUAGCCAUUGUAAUUUAUAAUUGUCCCACUCUGGCGUACGUGCGAUCCAAGCCGAGCUGUUUCUUCCACCUGGCCAUGGUUCGUUUCCUGCUCACCACGCAGUUGCAGGCGGGAGUGCCGCCCGAAGGUCGUCUGCCGCAAUUGGUACAUAAGAUUUUCCCAGUAUUGCUACAAGGGAUUGGUCGGCUACCUUACCGCACGGACACAUACGUGGCCAAGACCCUGGAGCAGCUAGUUCAGCACUGGACCCCGCACUUUACCUUCUCAUCCAACGCCAAGCUGGUGGCCCGUCCAUAUGCCGCCCUCCUCCUGGCGGAUGCAGAUGGAGAGCUGGCGCAGUUUGUGCUUCAGCUUCUGAUGACGCAGUUUUUAGUGGUCCAGCGGAGGAGGGCAGGACCGCAUGCGGGCUUGGUCAUCACCAUCAUGCAGCAACUGAUCGAGAGCACGGGCAAGGACCAGGAAGAGCAACUGUUAACCCUUUUGCGCGGCGUGCACAUCCCGCUGCUGGAGCACGUUAUGUUCGUGGACGAAGUGGACCUCAGUCGCAACCAAGUGUUUGGACUUUAUAAAGUGCUUGUUUCCCACGAUGCAUACAAGCGAUCACAGGCGGUCAGGGAUUUGUGCUCCAAUCACUUGCGAUCCCUCGCCGAAAAGCAUCUGGCCCACUGCACCUACUUUUACUUCCAGAUGCUGAUUAACCUGGCAGAGCUGGCGCCGGAUCUAGUGGCUCCACUCCUAACUUUUAUAAGGGAGCAGGCAGAGCAGGUGGAGCUAAAACGCGGCGCUGGAGAGGACGUUGGCAUACGCAAGUGCCUGCAGCGGCUCCAAAAGGUAUUGAGUAGGGUUUAGGUUUAAUAAAAUAAGAUCAUGACUUCUUUUGUACAUAUGUAUAACGCUAUAUAAAGUAAGGCAUUCU